GCAUAUACGUUUCCUCGUGGACAUGUAUUUAUACGUGUAUAUGUAUAAAAUAAUAAGGAUUAGAAUAGUCGAAGGAGAGAAAGACAAAGAUGAUGAGUCACAGAGACGAUUCACCAGCGUAUAAGUAGUUAAUCCAGCAAAAGUAAAAGUAUUCAAUAGAGAAACAACGGCCAAGAAUAUUAACCGGAAAUUUGGAUCGUUAGAGCACUAGAGAAUGGUGCUUUUGCCUGCAUUUUUGGACGGUUUGGCAAGAAGUGUAUCGAUGAAGAAAGGAAAAUAUUUAUCUGAAUAUGAAGAUGGAGGUAAAGAGAUCGCAAAAUCGAUGAUGAAAAAUUCCAAGAAGAACUCGACUUUGCUAGGUUCCUCGGGCUUUGUUAGCUCCGAAACUUCCAAGAGAUUUACCUCUAUAUGUACUAAUAGAGGUGAGAAAGGAAUCAACCAAGAUCGUGCCAUUGUUUGGGAGGGUUUUGGAUGCCAAGAAGACAUAACAUUUUGUGGGAUGUUCGAUGGACAUGGAGCAUGGGGACAUAAAAUAACCAAAAGAGUAAAAAGGUUAUUUCCAGCUUCACUGCUUUGCCAGUGGCAACAAACUCUUGCAUCCUUAUCAUCUUCACCGGAAUGUUUCUCUCCGUUUGAUCUUUGGAAGCAAGCUUGCAUGAAAACAUUCUCUAUCAUCGAUCUUGAUCUCAAGAUCCAUCCAUCCAUUGAUUCUUACUGCAGCGGCUGCACCGCUCUCACCGCCAUCUUGCAGGGUGAUCAUCUUGUUGUAGCAAAUGCUGGUGACUCAAGAGCAGUAAUAGCAACAACUUCUGAUGAUGGAGUCGGUUUAGUGCCGGUUCAGCUAUCAGUUGACUUUAAACCGAACAUUCCAGAGGAAGCAGAACGGAUAAAACAAUCGGAUGGACGGUUGUUUUGCCUAGAUGAUGAACCGGGAAUGUACCGGGUAGGCAUGCCAAAUGGCAGGUCGCUUGGUUUAGCUGUCUCAAGAGCGUUUGGAGAUUACUGCCUUAAAGACUUCGGUUUAGUCUCUGAACCGGAGGUGACAUACAGAAAGAUAACCAGCAAGGACCAGUUUCUCAUCUUGGCAACCGAUGGGAUGUGGGAUGUGAUGAAAAAUGAUGAAGCAGUGGAGAUAGUAAGAGGAGUGAAAGACAGAAAAAAGAGCGCAGAGAGAUUGGUAAAGAAAGCUAUGAUGCUUUGGCGUAAGAAGAGAAGCAGCAUCGCCAUGGAUGAUAUCUCUGCUCUCUGUCUCUUCUUUCACCCUUGUUAAUCUAUCUUCUUUAACCUCUAAUAAGUAAUAACUCAUACACACAUCAAUGUUUUCAGCUUCAACAACCAAGAUGUGAUACAUAUGCAUUUACAUAGUGUGUAUAUAUGAUAGAUGAUGUUAAGAGAGUGGUUGUGAUUAGAAA